CUUUCUGGGGGGGCGGGGCCGGAUAGUGGCCUUUGGAUUGCUCAGAUCAUGGCGCUCCCCUGAAUGCAAGUGCACGUUCACUUGCCCAGCGGCAGCGCGUGCUCCGUGUCAGGUCUCCGCGCCGAGACCCGCGUCUCGGCGCUCAAAGCCUCCGCCCAGCGGAGCUUCGGCAGAGGCGUGCUGCGGCUUCUGCUGCACGGCACAGCCCUGGAGGCGGAGGCCACGCUGGGCGAGGCGGGGGUGCGAGAUGGCGAUGCGAUUGCAGCGGUCGCGCUGCUCGCCGAGCUGGCCGCUGCCAAGAGGGCCUUCGCCAUGUUUGUGCCCAUGGGCAAUGCGCUGGCGUGGGGUGAGCCAACCUUCGGUGGUGACAGCAGCCAAGUGUCAGAGCAGCUGUCACAGGUCCAGCAGAUCCAAGCAUCUUGGCGCGCUUUUGCGGCCAUCAAGGAAGAUGGCACUGUGGUGACCUGGGGUCAUCCAGAUUGGGGUGGGGACAGCAGCCAAGUUCAAGAGCAGCUUGUCCGGGUGCGGCAGAUUCAAGCCAGCAGAUGUGCUUUCGCAGCUAUCAGGGAUGAUGGCUCGGUGGUGACUUGGGGUCGUGCAGAAUGGGGUGGUGACAGCAGCCGUGUGCAAGAGCAGCUGGUGGGGGUCCAGCAGAUCCAGGCAAAUGAUCUUGCAUUUGCCGCCAUCAGAAGCGAUGGCACCGUCGUGACCUGGGGCGAUCAAGAUCGUGGUGGUGACAGCAGCCAUGUGUCUGAGCAGCUGACGCAGGUCCAGCAGAUCCAAGCAUCUUGGCGAGCUUUUGCGGCCAUCAGGCAAGAUGGCACUGUGGUGACCUGGGGUCAUCCUGACUGGGGCGGUGACAGCAGCCAAGCUCAAGAACAGCUGACAGAGGUCCAAAGCAUUCAAGCUGGUGGCGGAGCUUUCGCUGCCAAUACUCGCGGCAAAGUGGUGACCUGGGGUCAUUUUGAAUGGGGCGGGGACAGCAGCCAAGUGCAGGAGCAGCUGACCGGCGUCCACCAGAUCCAAGCAACUUCCGGUGCCUUUGCCGCGCUGAAAGAUGACGGCACUGUGGUGACGUGGGGCAAUUCUGCCCAUGGAGGGAACAGCAACCAGGUUCAAGACCAGCUUAGGGGCGUCGAGCAGAUUCAAGCCACCUAUGGUGCCUUUGCAGCCAUCAAGGCCGACGGCACCUGUGUGGCGUGGGGUCAUCCGGAAUUCGGCGGUGAUUGCAGCCAAGUGGAGCUGUGGAAUGUCCGGCAGAUCCAAGCAACUCAUCACGCUUUCGCCGCCAUUUGCGGUGACUUGGGCAACGUGGUGACUUGGGGCGAUCCGCCUUUUGGUGGGGACAGCAGGGAUGUGCAAGAGCAGCUGACGGGGGUGCGCCGAAUCCAAGCGACACAGCGAGCCUUUGGGACGUGCAGGGAGGAUGGCAAGCUGGUGACGUGGGGGGACUGCUCUUUUGGGGGCGACAGCGGGCAGAUCAAGGCGGAGCUGGACUUGUGGUGAGCCUGAAAAAGGAACCUGCAGCAGCCAUGUGACGGAC